AUGGGUAUCGAGCGCCCCAUCCAAAGUGCGUCGGACAUCAAGACCGAGGUGAAUGAGAAAUUAUUUACCGGGCACCCUCCAAUAUUCAUUCUGCCCACCCACAUGACACUGGACAAGCUACAUGAAACUGAAGAUCGUCUACUCAACCACGGGGGAAACCUAACAUAUGACAUCACGGAAGCAGGUAUAAUAUUGGGUAAACUUUCCCAUAAAAAGCGAGCUGCGCUGGAGCUGCGCUCGCGUGGGAUAUGGACCGAGGAAUUAUGCGCAAUUUCCGAGCCAAUGUCAACUUCGUCCAAGGCCGAAGUGGGGCCUCCGCUGAAACGACAAAGAACCACGAAAGUCAAUUUCACUGUCGAUGCUGCAACAGAUAUCGUGAAUCUCAGCACGGAAUCGGAAAUAGACAAGGCGAGAGGUCAACAUUAUCAAGCCGAGAAUGAGGCUCAAACAGUCGCAGUCGUUCAACUGGAUUGGCUAGAUUGUUCAAUCAAGAGUGGUGAACCUCUCCCCUACGGUCCAUUUCUAGUUUACAAGGGACGGAAAGGCAUCGCUGCUCCAUCAGCCACCCCUGCAGCGCCACCCACUAUCAUAUCUAGCCAGAUCAUAAAAAGGGCAAGGGAAGAUGCAGCGGGACGUCCUUCACCAGUGCAGCAACACCACCAAUUUCAAGCUCGACGCUCCAAAGAGCCCACAAACGAAACUCCAAGUCAACGAAACCCACCGGUGCUUUAUCGACAAUCCACAUCCGAGCAUGACGAGACUGUAUCACUCCCGCCCCAACCAGACUGGGUGCGUGACCAAGUGCUGUAUGCCUGUAUGCGCUCAGCACCCCUUCAUCCUCCCAAUGAAGAAUUCAUCUCUCAGUUAGUGAAGAUCCGUCGGAUCCGGGAGCUGACUCUCGAUGAGAUUGGCGUACGAGCGUACAGUACAUCCAUUGCUGCUAUAGCUGCAUAUCCUUAUGUCAUCAAACGACCCAGUGAGAUCAUCGCUUUGCCGGGAUGCGAUGUGAAAAUCGCCAAUCUGUUCGCAGAAUUCCAGCAACAUGGUGCCUGUAGUCACACUGAUGACGAUGGCAAUGUUGCUGCUGCAAGUGCCUUGGAGGGUGACCCAGUCUUGCGUGUCCUAAACAUUUUCAAUGAGAUAUGGGGUGUGGGAGCCAAAACAGCCCGGGAUUUCUAUUAUCAUCGUGGGUGGAGGGACAUCGAUGAUAUUGUGGAGCAUGGUUGGAAGUCGCUCUCCCGCGUGCAGCAAAUCGGAGUCAAAUUCAACGAUGAGUUCAAAGCGGGAAUUUCGCGCUCCGAGUCCGAAAGCAUCGCUGCGAUUGUGCAGUGGCAUGCUAAUCAAGUGCGACCGAAAGCAAACGGCGAGGUGCAAUCCAUUUUGGUCGGGGGCUACCGACGUGGGAAGCAGAUAUGCGGCGACGUGGAUAUUAUACUGACUCAUCGUGAUGAUACAGUCACGCGGAGCCUUAUUGUUGAUCUCGUUGCUAGUCUCGAGACGAGCCGCUAUAUUAGCCAUACGCUCUCCUUGCAUCUCACCUCAACGCUUCGUGAGCAGCAAACAAUACCAUUCCGAGGCGAUGAAACAGGGAAGCAUUUCGAUACGCUCGAUAAGGCAUUGGUAGUCUGGCAAGACCCGCACUUUGAUGACCAAAGCUCUUCGGGAGAUCAAGAUCCCAGUCGUCACAAACGAAAUCCCAAUCCUCACCAUCGUGUGGACAUCAUUAUAUCGCCCUGGAGGACCAUUGGCUGCGCCGUACUUGGCUGGUCCGGUGACACGACCUUUCAGCGGGAUCUGAGACGCUUUGCAAAGAAGGCUCAUAAUUGGAAAUUCGAUUCAAGUGGCAUACGAGAACGCACUUCGGGGGGCCAAGUGGUUGACCUGGAGCACGAUGGCGACAACUGGGAAGAUAGAGAAAAACUUGUAAUGGAGCGAAUGGGGAUUGGAUGGAGGCCAGCUGAAGAGCGAUGCUCACGAUGA